AUGUCGGCGAAGAACGAGGAAGACGUGAAGCUCUUUCAAAUGAUCGGUCUGAGUGAGCAGAAGGCCAAGGAAACUUUAAAAAAUACUAACAUUACGAAGAAUCUUAAGCUGGCUAUAAACGAGGUUAGUGAAAACUCGCCGGCAAAUCGUAAAAUAUCAUUUGUUAUUAAUUAUAUAGUUGAGAAGAAAUUAGAUAGUGUACAGAGGAUUGAUGCAGCACUGAUUUAUUUAUUGGCUAACAUGAGUAAUGCUGUUGAUAUAGCUAAAUUUGAGGAAUCUUGUGGUAUAGGAGUAGUAGUUUUACCUGAACAAAUAGAAGAGGAAGUCGAGAAGAUCAUAAAAGCACACAAAGAUGAAAUAUUGGAAAAGAGGUACCGCUUUAAUUCUGGUCCAUUGAUGCAACAAGUACGUAGCAUUUUGAAAUGGGCAGAUGGUAAAGCGAUAAAGAAUGAAUUUGAUGUCCAACUUCUUGAUCUAUUAGGUCCAAAAGUUGAUGCUGAUCUUGCAUCAAUACCUAAACAAGUGAAACCAAAAGAUAAACAGACAAAAACAAAAAAGCUGGAAAAUGCAAAGGAAGAACAGAAGGAAUCGCUGAAUAGUGAGAAGGGAGACGCCCAAACUAUAAGCGAACUCAUGAAGACUAAAACUCAUUUUCACAAACCUGGAGAAAAUUACAAAACCAAUGGAUACAUUGUAACAUCAAAUACACAUUAUCUGCUACAACAACAUUUGAAAGCAACUGGUGGCAAAGUGGUAACAAGAUUCCCACCAGAACCAAAUGGAAUUUUGCAUAUUGGACAUGCAAAGGCUAUCAAUAUCAAUUUUGGGUAUGCUGCUGCUUACGAUGGCAUAUGCUAUUUACGAUAUGAUGAUACAAAUCCUGAAAAAGAAGAGGAGAAAUUUUUUGUCGGUAUACGGGAGAUGGUGGAAUGGCUCGGUUAUAAACCAGUUGGGAUUACACAUUCAUCGGAUUACUUCCAGCAACUGUAUGAUUGGGCCAUAGAACUUAUAAAGAAAGAUUUAGCUUACGUUUGUCAUCAAUCCAGUGAAGAAAUGAAAGGUUUCAAUCCUCCACCGAGUCCUUGGCGUGAUAGACCAUUCGAGGAGAGCUUACAACUGUUCAAUGAUAUGAAGGAUGGUUUAUUGGAAGAAGGAGAAGCGACUUUGCGUAUGAAAGUGACUUUAGAGGAAGGCAAGCAAGAUCCUGUUGCAUAUAGAAUAAAAUAUUCGCCGCAUCAUCGAACUGGUGACAAAUGGUGCAUCUAUCCCACAUAUGAUUACACCCAUUGCUUGUGCGAUAGCAUCGAAAAUAUCACUCAUUCUCUCUGUACAAAGGAAUUCCAAUCACGGAGGUCGUCUUAUUAUUGGCUUUGCAAUUCUUUGAACAUUUAUUGUCCUGUACAGUGGGAAUAUGGCCGAUUGAACGUCAAUUAUACUGUAGUUUCCAAAAGAAAAAUUGCCAAAUUAAUCCAAGAAGGAAUAGUGUCUGACUGGGAUGAUCCCAGAUUAUUUACAUUGUCUGCGCUACGUAGACGUGGAUUUCCGCCGGAAGCUAUAAACAAUUUUUGUGCUCAAAUGGGUGUAACUGGUGCACAAGCAACCAUUGAUCCUUCUGCAUUGGAAGCAGCUGUUAGAAAUGUUCUAAAUCUUACUACUCCCCGACAUAUGGUGGUUCUAGAGCCUAUCAAAUUGACUAUUAAAAAUUUUCUUCAAGAGAAAGACAUAAAGCUCACUGUACCCAAUUUUCCUAACGAGCCAGAAAAAGGACAUCAUGAAAUAACAUUUGAUGAGAUUUUAUAUAUUGAAGCCACGGACUUCAAAGAAAUUGAAGAGAAAGGUUUUAGGCGCUUGACACCAAAACAACCUGUAGGCUUAAAGCAUACGGGUACUGUAGUAACUUUUGAAUGUUUCGAGAAAGAUGCCAGUGGUAAUAUUACGAAUAUAAUUGUUAGACAAGAUCCUGUUUCAGAAAAGAAUAAACCAAAAGCAUUUAUACAUUGGGUGUCUCACCCAGUAUUGGCAUCUAUUAGAUUAUACGAGUAUUUGUUUAAGCACAAAAAUCCAGAAGAUACACACGAAGUACCGCAUGGAUUUUUAAGUGAUAUUAAUCCAUUCAGCAAAAAAGAAAUUGUAGCAUACAUGGACAACAGUCUAGCUAAAAUAGCAAAAGUGUAUGACAAGUUUCAAUUUGAACGUAUAGGUUUUUUUUCUAUUGAUCCUGAUACCAAACCUAAUAAGCUUGUUUUUAAUCGUAUUGUAACAUUGAAAGAAGAUACAGGAAAGGUAUAA